CGGUAGAUACCAAGGGAUCUCAGGCUUGUCGAUUCUCAAUUUCUCAUUCUUUCUCAAUCCAUUCCAGCGCAUCCCAAAAGUACAAUUACUGUAAUUCGGAUUUCUGCCAGUGUUAUCCGCUUCCGUCGAUCCCCAUAAAGUACCCGCCCGGAGCCCCGAAACAGCCCCGAAUCUGACACCGAGCGCACCCACUGGGAGGACUGGCACGACUGACACUGGCACUGCAUCGCACGCCUACAACUACAGUAAAGCUCCAGCUCCAGCUCCAGCUCCAGUUGAGCUUCCCCACCGUGUGUGGCACCGGCCCUCCCACUGGCACACGAGCCAACUGCUGCCACGCCUCACCGGCGGUUGGAAUGCUUCAACUGUCCAAGUUGCCAAAGUCGAUUACUGGCGACAUUGACAAGUCAUGUCCAACCCCAGCAUCUCAUAGACGCGGUUUCAGCGUCGACUCCAUCGCCGGCGAUGGGUUACUCAGCCCUGUGGGAGCCCUGCGGCCGCGAUGGGGUCAUCGACGCCAAUUGAGUCUCUCCAGCCUACAGUCCAGAAGGGCGAUUUGUUUAGGCAUCGCCAUUCUCUUCUUCGUCUUUACCGGCCUGUUGUGGUCGAUCCCACAACUCUCCAAGGUUGUCCAAAAGAAUGCCCAGCAAGGACCCAUCCCGAUCGGUCAAUCGAGGUAUCCAGACGGAAAAGAGGUCUUUUGGUGGGAGCAAUUCAAUCGACUUCAAGGCUUCUACCACGGGCGCAAGAACAUCGUUCCCUUCACGCAAUAUGUCCCUGAACAACAAAGCGACCGGACCGAUCUUUUCGAUGGCGGUCCUCGAAGUGAUCCCCAGUUGGUCGAUGUGUCAUCUGGGUCAGCUCCGACCAUCGACGCGUGCUACAUAGACCAGGAGAGAAAAAUCGCCCCGCCUAAAAUAUCUGCGUAUCAAGGCAUGCCGCAGGGAAUGCCAGUACCACUAUUUGGUUCUGCGAAAGAGCUUGGACUCAACGACCAAGUCUGUUACGAUCGAGUCAACCGAUAUGGCCCGUACGGAUUAGGAAUCUCCGCUGAUCACGGUGGACUGGGCGUGAGUAUGGAAGGAGACAAUGAAGGACUCGACCGGGUUCCCGUCGUGGACUGGAGAAAUGUCAAUUGGCACGCGGCGCAGGAACAAUGUCUGGACAAGAACAAGGAGCGACUGAAAUCUCGCACUGCAUUCGUGAUCCGGACGUGGAACACGCACCAAUACACCGCCUAUGAAAUCAUGAUGCUCCGGGCUCUCAUCAGCGAGUUGGCUUUGCUCUCCGGUGGUCAAUAUAGAGUUCACUUCCUCAUUCACGUCCAAGACGAUACCAUCCCCAUCUGGGCAUCGCAAGAUAUCUACAACCAGACAUUAAAGGAUAGCCUGCCGGAGGCGUUCCGCGGCAUGGGUGUUCUCUGGUCUGAGGCUCAAAUGAAGUUGAUAUAUCCCCCACCAUUUCCCGAAAGUAUAGUCAACCUCUCCGGCAAAGACAUCUACGGAGCUUAUCGGUCAUUACAUUUCCCCAUGCAGUAUUUCGCAUCCUUGCAUUCAGAGUAUGACUACUUUUGGCAUUGGGAAAUGGACAUUAGAAUCACCGGACACUAUCACGAGUUAAUACACCGCCUCACGGCAUGGGCAGAAAAGCAGGCGCAGGAAUAUGCAGGGGAGCGUUCAUCCAAAUUCUACAUCCCCUCACUGCACCACGACUCGUAUGAGAAUUAUGCGCAGUCCAUUGUCGAAGAGGUCAAAGCAGCAAAUCGAACACCAGUGUCUGGACCACAGCUGCCCUCCGAGCGUCUGUUUCAGAUUCCAGCCCAGCAGAAUCCAUUGGGGUCGGAUCAUAUAACGGACUUCAUCACAUUGAACCCUCUAUUCGACCCAACUCAUACCCACUGGGCCUUUCACAACGACAUCACGGGUUACAACCUCACUACCGAGGGUCGACCGCCCACGCGUGCCGCCUUGAUCACUGCAUCGCGCAUGUCGCGCCGUUUGCUGCUGCUCAUGCACGAAGAAACAUAUCGGAACAAACAUACCAUGUUCCCUGAAAUGUAUCCCGCGUCGAUUGCGCUGCAUUAUGGUUUGAAAGCGAUCAGCGUGCCUCUACCGGUGUACUUUGACCGUGACUGGCCCCCAGUACAUGCUGACGAGGUGUUUAACAAUGCCCCGCUCAGUGAAGCGAGCAAGAAGGCCGGCAUGGACCAUGGGGGCGGGUACUUUCAUGGCGAGAACGGUAGUGUAUUUGGGCCUGGGGAGCAUGUGUUCCGAGGGUCGACGUACUAUUCCAACGCGGCGUUUGCGGGAUAUCUUUGGCGACGGUGGUUGGGACGAGAAAAUGAAGAUGUUGAUGACGAAGUGCAGAGUGGAAGGAUGUGUUUGCCAAUCAUGGUGUUGCAUCCGAUCAAAAGUGAGUAGUCCUACUUUGCUUCGCUCAGUAGGUAUUGAAACAAGCCAAGCGAGGUACCUGUAGGUAUCAAAUUGAGCGAAGUGAUCUGAGUACUACGAGUGAAGCGAGGUACUGCCUUGGUAAGGCAUUAAACUGAGCAAGGCGAAGUACCUGUGCCUACUAGUAAGGUAUUAGACCCGGCGAAGCCAAGUGUCUCUGCCUCUACCUAGGUAGGUAGGGAGGUACUAGGUGGCAAAAGUAUUGCUGCAGUUCUGGUCGACGUGACAUUUCGUUCUACAUGAUUCAUUCAUUGACUGAAAGAUACCGAGGUGGGUAAGUACCAAGGUGUGUAGGUUACUGAAAUUCAAGCAUUGGCGUAAAGGUCUUCUGGUCUGAGAACAAUAAAACAGAAGCAAUUGAUGGAAUGAUACGACAAGUCAAUUGAACGCCAAUCAUGCCGUGAUGUGAUGUGAUCCUUGCUGUGAUAUAUAUAUGUAUAUAUGCUGGGAAGGGCCUGGGGCGGAAGUGUGUACUG